AUGGCUCGAGGACGAGGUGGCGGUCGUGGCGGAGGCUCGAAUGGUAGUGGGUCUUCCUCUUCGACCUGUCGAUACGGCGACAACCCAUGCCACUUUACACUCACCGAACUCUACGGCCACUCGUACGUGAGCUUGUAUUCGAACAGCGAGCUCUAUGGGCAGCUUGUCGUGUACAUCAUCUGGGCCAUUGUCUUAAUACUCCUCCUCCUUCUUACCCUGAAACCUGCAUUGAAGGCGCGCAUGCUUCAAGGAGCGAUCUCCCUGUUUCUCGCGAGCUUCAUUUUUCUCUGCGUCCGCUUCGGCCUGCUCAUAGGGGAAAAUGACAUACCCGUUGGGUACCGAUACGAAACAUCCGUCGUAGUUCUUCUCCAACGCCUUGGCGCCGUGUUCUUGUUCGCCGCCGUUUUCGCCGCGCUCCACACCAAGAAGCUGUUCGGAUUUAUUUUUUGGCCCCUGUUAGCCAUGUACGCCAUUCUGAGCUUCGCAUAUCUGAGCCUGGAUUUUGUCGUCUCCGCCGCCGCCCUGCGUGCUUACAAGGAAGAGGGGAUCUGGCUUGUGGGCGAUCGUGACUUUGGUGUCACGUUGACGACGAGCCAGGUCGAGGAGCUCAAGACAGCCGCUAAUGGCAGUGGCUUAAGUCCGUAUUAUAUCGCGAGAAAGAUGUUUAGCAUCGGUGAUGGGGCGUACUUCCGCGAUAGAGGUAAUCAAGUCAAGAUCGGGGUUGCCAUGGAUUUUCUCUCCGUAUUUAUGGCGCUCUUCCUUGGUCUGCUUUCCUGCUUCGCGUGGAUAAGAAAAAACCAGCAUCCAAUACGCGAAACCAUCCUGCUCCUCCUCGCUUCGACCGGCCUGCUGCUGUAUUCCCUUUUCCGCGUCAUCGUGUCGACCCACUUUGUGCUGCGAAACUGGACCGUGAUAAUCGACACAGACCGCUGGAACGCGUUCGUUGCUUCAUACACUUCGCUUGAUAUUAUCCAAAAAAUCACCAUUCCUGAGGGUUUCCUUAGGGGCUACCGGACCACGGUGAACGGAUUCCCUGUUGUCCAGGCUGUUCUGGAGUUCCUCGGAGUGAUACUUGCUUGUGCUGCAAUUGUGCACCUCCUCAGACUCCGAAAGCGAGCAGAGGCACGGGCUGCCGCGGGCACGGUAGGCAAGGCAUAA